UCCGGUCGCGGUGCCAUGGCAGCGCAAGGGGUCUCCAAAGCGCAGUACCUGCAGCGCUACCUCAGCGGCCCUCCCGCCGCACAGCCCCGCCGCCGCCGCAAGAAGAAGCUCCCGAGCGGCUCCGGCAGAGCCGGGAUGCGGAUCGUGGAUGACGACGUGGGCUGGAGCAGCAUCGCCGCUGUGCCCGAGAAGGAAGAGGAGGAGGACGAAGGCGACAUGCCCGUGGUGGCGGAGUUUAUUGAUGAGCGUCCGGAUGAGGUGAAGCUCAUGGAGGAGUUCCGAACAAACAGUAAAUGGAAGCUUUUAGGAGACCGGGAUGAAGACUCACAAAGCUCGGAUGUUUCGGUACCUGCCAAAGCUACCACAAGGCAGCAGCGCCAUGACUCCCCAGACAACUCGCCGCCAAGGCGAGUGCGGCACGACUCGCCAGAUUUGUCCCCUCCCAGACAAGAAAGAAAUAACUCCCCCAGCCUCUUACCUCGCAAGGAACGACAGCAUGGCUCCCCAGACCUGUCACCUCCCAGGAGGAAACGCCACGACUCCCCAGACCUCUCUCCUCCCAGGAGGAAACGCCACGACUCCCCAGACCUCUCUCCUCCCAGGAGGAAACGCCACGACUCCCCAGACCUCUCUCCUCCCAGGAGGAAACGCCACGACUCUCCAGACCUCUCUCCUCCCAGGAGGAAACGCCACGACUCCCCAGACCUCUCUCCUCCCAGGAGGAAACGCCACGACUCUCCAGACCUGUCUCCUCCCAGGAGGAAACGCCACGACUCCCCGGACCUCUCUCCUCCCAGGAGGCAACGCCACGACUCUCCAGACCUCUCUCCUCCCAGGAGGAAACGCCACGACUCUCCAGACCUGUCUCCUCCCAGGAGGCAACGUCACGACUCUCCAGACCCUUCCCCACCAAGGAAAAAGCGCCACGACUCCCCAGAUCUCUCUCCUGUAAGAAUCAGUUCAGCAAUGGGAAAAAAAGGCUGUAAAAUGACAGAUAAGUCACUGUUGGGGGAGAUCCAAGGAGAGCAGCUUAAUUGCAGGCACAGCUCCUCUGACAAGUCCUUGUCACAGCAGGAGCAGCAGACUACUCCAGAUCUGUCCCUCCAGCGGAAGAAGAGAUAUGAUUCUGACCCAGAUUCAUCACCAUCUCUGAGAAAGAGGGCUAGGUCACCUGGUCAUAAAAAGCCGAGUAGAACGAAAGAUGCUUCCCCAGUAAAAAAGCUCCGUCGUGACUCUGAUUCUCCACCACCACGAAGGGGUACCCAAAAUGCCUCUGAGGCAGACCUUUCUCCCCAGGGGAAGAAUCACAGGGCUCUGCCUUCUGGAAAGGGUCAGCAUGGUUCAAAGAGUCCCCCUGAUCUCUCACGUCAUCACUACCCUGAUGAUAAGGGAUCUCCCAAGAAGGGCAACAUGAUGUCUGGGGUGAGAGCAGGCUUGGUAUCAGCUGACGUGCUGCGGAGAGAGCAGCAGGAGCUCAGGAAGCAGGAGAGAAGUAGCAAGCACUUGGAAGAGGAAUCGCGACACACAGAAACCAUCUUCCGCGACAAGUCAGGCCGCAAGAGGGACCUUGUGCAGGAACGGCUUGAGCAGCAGCAGAAAGAUGAAGCCAAGUCUGAACGAGAUGAACAAUAUGCCAGAUGGGGAAGGGGGCUAGCACAGGGGAGGCAACAGCAGCAGAAUGUGGAAGAUGCCAUAAAAGAGAUGCAAAAACCUCUGGCCCGUUAUAUCGAUGAUGAGGAUCUGGAUCGGAUGCUGAGAGAACAAGAGAGAGAAGGAGACCCAAUGGCUGAGUUCAUCAAAAAAAGGAAAGCCAAAGAGAGCAAGGAAAAGAAAGAAAAACCGAGGUACAGUGGACCAGCCCCUCCUCUCAACAGAUUUAAUAUAUGGCCUGGGCAUCGCUGGGAUGGUGUGGACAGGUCCAAUGGAUUUGAGCAGCAGUUCUUUGCCAGGAUGGCCAACAAGAAGGCUGUUCAGGAGCUUGCAUACAAGUGGAGCAUUGAGGACAUGUAGACAGGAGAAAUAACCAUGCAAAACAGCACGCCUGUUUUGAGAUCUGCCUGCUACCACUGCCAGAGCCUGCAGUAAUGGCUCCUCUGCCUGGACCAAGUGCUGUCCUUGGCAUUCAGUAUCCUGAUGGACUGUCUUCAUGGAAGCAAGGCUCUGUUUAGAGGGGAACUGCUGGAAGAGGAUUUUUCUGCCAGCCAGAAAGGACCAGUGAGAAAAAUGGCAGUGACUGCUGCCCACAGGAAUACUUCUGCUCCCCGGUGUUCCCUCAUGAGGUGCUGCAAACACUGACGUGUGUUCCACUUGUUUCUCUUGUAAUAAACUGUAGAAACUGUGUUGAAUUUUUCUAUGCCAAAUGUGUUGUCCUCUGAAGGCAGUUUACAAAUCUUCGGAUUUCCCAAAUCUCAGGUUUCUUUUCAUGAUGGAAGUAUGCUGGAAUCGAAGUCAUGGAGAGUUACCCCAUCUGAUGGGUUGGCCUAUUGCAGCACACAGUCGUAGUUUCAGGUAUGGCUGAGUUCUUCCGGAGUGCGUUUUUUGCUCUGAAACAACUCAAUACUGUGAGCUGAUUUACCUCUGGGCUCAUGUCAGAUCUGCCCCAUAUCAUCCAUGUCCUCGCUAGUGAUCCCAGAGGGAUUCUGUUCAGUGUUGUGUAACUCUUAAGCCUUCUAGUUCUUGGAGUCUUUGGCUUGCAGCAAAGUUAGUGCAGCAGAGCUUCUCGUGCCCGUUGUCAGAGCUGUGCCAGGUGGGUCAGUAUGUGACAAGGAGCUGCCUGCUGUAUAUUGCUCUGGUUCUCUCCUAGAAAAGGCUGAAAGAGCAACAAGCAAUGUUAUUUUUGACAGCAAAAUCUUCAGAAGCUCCAGCAGCUCCUUGGGGUCAAUUUCUUGUGGAAAUAAACAUGCAGAGGCCAUUUCAACUGUUUCUCCUGACCAUUAUUUUCUUCAGAGUAGCUAAUGGUCAUGGAUUAGUCCCCACAGGUUUCUCUCUGGACAGCAUUGCUGGUGGCUUGGCACUUCCUUAGCACUGCUGCCUGGGGGCUCGCUUCAGCACAAAGCAUAACCUCUCUCUUGUGAUCAGAUUUGUCGGGUUGCAGCUGGAGGCCAAGCAGAGCGCUGCGCUCCAUCCCUGCUUGCAAGAAAGCACUUCUGGAAAUAAAUACAGUUGUUCACAUUGAUGUGCUAGAGAGCAUGUAUUAAAGGCAGGCAGCAGUUUCCAUGGAGAUGCGUUGUGUUCAGCAGUGAUCAGGGGGCAGUCAUCAGCAUUGCACUUUGCAGCCAUUUUCAAGCAGUAGGAGGGCUGUGGGUGAGAAGGGUAAUGACAAAGUUUUCUCUGGAGUGGGAACGCCUUGGGACUUUCUUCCCUGCUCUUCAUUCCCUGUUGUUUCUAGCAAUCCUGAAAUCCACGUGUCAGAGGUAGGUUGUGUUUUUGCAGUGGAAAUCUCCAGUGUUUCUGUAUGUAGUGUAGGAUAAGUUGCCUUUGACGAAGAAAGCUGCUGAACAGAGUGAAGUUGAGACUGGGGAGUUCCAAGCUAGGUAAACUUGGCACAGGCACUCAGUAAGGUAAUUAAUACAGUAGGGGAGAGUCUGGUACAGGAUAGAAUGAGAGUGCUAAUUGGUGAAAACAUUGUCCUCCUACUGCCAUAAGAAGUACAGAACAUGCCCAAAGACAAUGGGUUGGUGACAGACGUUGUAUGGAAGCAUAACAGCAACAGUGUCGGAAGGUUGUGAGCCUGAGAUGCUCAACCAGUGAGUGCCAGGAGAGGCUUUAACUGCGUUGGACCCAGGGUAUAUAAUGGAGUGGGUUUCACUGACUAGUUGUGCAAUUUCUCCCUUAUCAGUAGGGGGUGUGCACCUAUUACUGCAGUAAUGAAUAAACUGCUCUUGACAGAGAUCUCGGCCUGAUUAGAAA